GCUUGUCCAAGUUGGAAUUUUCUUUCGCUCACUCCUUGAUCGACGUGCUCGGUGCAGAAAACGGGAAACAUGGGAAACAACUUUCUGGGAUGGAUUCUGACAUUUUGCAUGUUUUAUUCAGUGUCAGGUGAAGGUUGCUCCGUAAUACUGAAGCCCUCCAGGGUCGUGGUGGGCUUUGGAGAGCCGGUGUCAGUCAGCUGUGAAGCCACUUGCCCGGUACGUGUCCUGGGCUGGGAAUCAGCCAUCAGUGCUGCACAUACUCAGCAGGACCUGUCCAUCCAGUGGAAGGUGGACAGUCUCAUUGACUGGAUAGAGGAGCCCAUUUGUUAUGGGGUGUUUUUCACAGCCCCCAAACAAUGUGAGGAGAAACUCAACCUCGUCCUCUACAAAACCCCAGAUAGUGUCUCCAUCAGGCCUGUGAACCACACUGGCCCCAUGGUGGAAGGAAAAGAGUACCAGCUGCUCUGUGAGGUUCAAAACAUCGCUCCUGUUCAGUAUCUCACCCUGAGGUGGUACAGAGGGCAGACUGAGGUUUAUAACCACUCCUUCUCUGACCUCACAUCUUCUUCACCUGUCCAAGUGUCCUCGAUCCUCGUCAUCACGCCAACCAAAGCUGAGAACGGAGCGCAGUACAGGUGUGUGGCAGAGCUGGAGCUUGGACCAGAGGGACCACAACCACCUCCCUCUGUGACCUCGGAGCCUCUUAAUGCCUCUGUGUACUUUCCCCCAACUUUCCUCAGUCCCGAACCAGAAGUUCUGGACCUGACAGCGGGCGCUGAGAUCUCCUUAAACUGCACUGCUACUGGAAAUCCCACACCUGUGUACAGCUGGCAAUCCUCCCAUCCUAUUCAGGAAAGGAUGGAGGAUGAAGCAGUUCUUACCUCGUCCUCACUGCUCCCAGGGACCUACACUUGUACUGCCUCCAAUACUCUAGAGAAGAAGAGCAAGCAGUUCAUUGUCAAGGGCAAGACCAAAAGUGUUUGAAACAAGCGAUGUCGAGAUGGGAUCGGAUGACCACAUUGGACAUACGUGGAAAGUUCAACUAAGGGGUUUUUACUGCUGCUGCUUUGGAGAAAUGACAAUACGUUCAUAAUUCAACAGAUAUUUAUGAGGAUCUUGCUAUCAUCCAGAAGUAGAACUCAUAAAGAAAAAGAGUCGAAUAUACUAUAUUUGGUAACUGCCAUUUAAUUUGUCAGUAUUUUAACAUGAAUGUAUUCUAUGAGGUAGAUUGUUGGUUUAGAAUAUAGCUCACUUUUUAUUGCUUUCCAUGUGAUAUCCUGUAUCUAAUUUAUAUAUUUUGCUAGAUUUAUUUUCCCAUUAAUAAAAUGAUAUUGUAACAUCAUAAUAUAUAAAUGCGUAGCUAGACUUAAUAUAGCAAUGAUAAC